AUCUGUCAAUGCUAUAAUAAUAAAUGUCAUCGAAAAAAAUAAACUAUCCCGUUGUUGUAGUUUAGGUACAUUUGAAUCGCGCCGAUUUUAUCAAUCAAAACAUAAAUAUUAAUUUAUGUUGUAAGUAAAAAUCAAAAAUGAGUGGACCGAACGGUAUGUUAUAUGGGGGAGAUGAAAUAGGUGCGUUAGUUUUCGAUCCCGGGCAUCAUUCUUUACGAGUUGGUUAUGCUCAAGAAGAUACUCCGAAAGCUGAUAUUCCAGCAGUUAUUGGUGUUGGACCUGCAACACAUAUUCCAGAGGCAGAAGAGAAGGUUCCAGAUGGAAAUGUUACUCAAAGUAAUACAAAAAAAGAUGAGUUACGCUACUACAUUGACGUGACAGAGCUGCAUGUACCCCGUCCAGGCAUGGAAGUGCAGACAUACAUGAAAGAUGGUCAGGUUGAAAAUUGGGAUCUUUUUGAGAAAAUGUUAGACUAUUGUUACUCUAAGGUUAUAAGGUCCCCAUCAGAGCAUCACCCGGCUCUGUUCACAGAGGCCGUAUGGACAACCAGACCAGCAAGGGAGAAGCUUGCAGAACUCCUGUUUGAAAAGUACCAAGCACCUGCAUUCUUUCUCGUAAAGAAUGCAGUAUUAGCGGCAUUUGCUAAUGGGAAGUCGACUGCUCUUGUUGUUGAUGCCGGAGCAUCUCAGACAUCUGCCGUUCCUGUUAUUGAUGGAUAUGCACUAGUUAGUGCAGCGGUAAGGUCUCCAGUUGGUGGUGACCACCUCGUGGCUCAAGCAAAACACAUGCUCAACAAUAUGCACAUACAGAUGCUACCCAUUUACAGCAUACAGAGCAAAGAGGUGAUCCGCGAGAGGGAAAGAGCGCGGUACACAUUGAAGACGUUACCGGCUGGUCUCACACAAUCGUGGCAACAGUACAUGUUGAAACGGCAGUAUGAAGACUUUGUACAUUGUGUGGCUCACGUCUCAGAAACAGCUUAUGACGAUCGUUCAGCGGCGUCAGUUCCCGGACUGCACUACGAGUUCCCGGGGGGGUACCACCAGGACUUCGGUCCUGAACGCUUCAAGCUGUCAGAGUGCCUCUUCGAGCAGAGUCUCGGGGCUCCGCAUUUAGUGUGCGCGGCGGCCGGCGCGUGCGACGCGGACGCGCGCGCGGCGCUGUGGGGCGCCGUGGUGGCGUGCGGCGGCGGCGCGUGCGCCACGGGCUGGCUCGAGCGCCUCGCCAAGGAGCUGGCCGGCCGCGCGCCCUCCGCGCACCGCCUCAAGGUCACCGCGCCGCCCGCGCCCGCCGAGCGACGCUUCGCCGCCUGGAUCGGUGGAUCGAUCCUGGCUUCGAUCGGUUCCUUUCAACAGAUGUGGAUAUCGUCACAGGAGUACGACGAAGGUGGCAAGGGACAGCUGGAGAGGAAAUGUCCCUAGGAGCAUAUCGAUAAAUAAAUAUGUAAGAAAAAUAACAAAUAUGGACUUUCAUAAAUUUUUUAGUUUUGUGAAUACAACUGCUGCUACUUUUAUAUGAACCCGUAAAAUCAAUAAAUUGUGUUUUUGGUCACGACAAACCUGUAAAAAACAUGUAUGAGUGAUUGCGAGUGAUUAAUAAAUAGUUAUAAGUAUU